AUGGCUACGGUGCGCACGCGCUCUGCAUCCCCCAAAUCGGUCUCUUUCUCUCCUGUACUCGAACGGAAGUACAGCGUGGAGAGAGGACCUUCGACUCCCCCCGAGCUGAGAUCGUCGGAUUGGAGGAGAUACUUCGCGGAUUUCAGUGCAUAUCUAGAUGCUUUGCUUGCCGAUCUCCAGAACUCUAUCAACCCUGGCGGCGCCCGAGUCAGCAGCCCCAGCGGCAGGACCACGUCGCCCGGUGGUCGCACCAGCUCACCGGGCAGAACUGGAUCUCCUCUAGGCAGGGGCACUUCACCGGGCCGUCUCAGCUCGUCAGGCAGCCUGAGUUCCCCCACCUCCACCGGCUACGGAUCCAUCAAUGGAUCUAGGAAUAUUAGCUCGGAUUAUGCAAAACCAGCUUCGCCGACUUACCAAAACACAAGCUCAUUCCAUUCAGAGAAGAUGACUCCGCACAAAUAUACGAGUACCGUCCAAAGCAACUACAGUGCCCACACGCCUGGUUACAACGUGGGACAAUCGCCAGGCUACGGCAGGACCGGUGGUCGAGGGAACUUGAGCGAGCUGGACACCCUACUCGACGACUUGAGCAGUGCCCGCUACGGGAAUUACGCAGAAAAAACUUCGUUCACCGAAAGAUCUGUAAAUGACAGCUACGGGCGCAGUAACGGAGCCAUCAGUCCGGCAUCAGCGAGGCCCACCGUCGACUCCUUGCUGGAUCAAUUAAGCGCGGAAAUACCUAAUGGCCGCCAAUCCACAUCUCCAAUACCACCGCCAUCGACGGGAGGAACUCUCCCGAGACCGGGCACCAAACAGGUGACCGUCACCGUGCAGGAGACGGUUGUGGAACCGGCUCAGGCUCAGCAACAGAUUCCAGUGGCGGCCCCUGUAGUCCGGCACCAGCACCACGCGUCCAGCGCCACCAAGGAACUUGAUGACUUGAUGGCGUCGCUCUCUGACUUCAAGGUUAGCGGCACAGGGGGAGAUAGCGGGACUCACGUGUACAGAGAGAAACGCGCGUGGCAGGAACAGUACCGCACCAACCCGCGUCAACCCGAGUCCGCGUCUCUCGAGCAUAUGCUCGGAUCUCUUCGGGCAGACAUGAGCCGCCAAGGAGUACAAACCCCCCAGAAGGGAUGCUGUAACGCCUGCGAGAAACCGAUCGUUGGACAGGUGAUCACGGCGCUGGGUCGCACCUGGCACCCUGAGCACUUCACCUGCGCUCACUGCAACCAGGAACUGGGCACGAGGAACUUCUUCGAGCGCGACGGCAGGCCCUACUGCGAGCCCGACUACCACAAUCUGUUCUCACCGAGAUGCGCUUACUGCAACGGACCAAUCUUGGAUAAAUGCGUCACAGCUCUAGAGAAAACGUGGCACACGGAGCACUUCUUUUGCGCUCAAUGCGGUCAGCAAUUUGGGGAAGAGGGUUUCCAUGAAAGGGACGGGAAGCCCUACUGCAGGGCUGAUUACUUUGACAUGUUCGCCCCAAAAUGCGGUGGUUGCAAUAAACCCAUAAUGGAAAACUAUAUCUCAGCGCUCAACACCCAGUGGCAUCCAGACUGUUUCGUUUGCAAGGAAUGCCGUGAGCCUUUCCACGGAGGUUCGUUCUUCGAGCACGAGGGCCAACCGUACUGCGAGACGCAUUACCACGGAAAGCGAGGGUCAUUAUGCGCGGGCUGCCACAAACCGAUCGCGGGCCGAUGCAUCACGGCGAUGUUCAGGAAAUUCCACCCGGAGCACUUCGUCUGCGCGUUUUGCCUUCGACAACUCAACAAAGGCACUUUCAAAGAACAAAACGACAAGCCGUACUGCCACGCGUGCUUUGACAAGCUGUUCGGGUAAAAUGGCGGCGAGCGAACGCAAAAUGGCGCCUGUUGUUGUCACAUCAAAAUGUCGGAUAUCGACAAAUAAACUUUAUGUAAUACGACUUUUAUUAAUUAUUGAUCGGAUACAAUAUAUUCGUAUUGUUAUAAAAAUCGAUUUAUUAUAUUAUUAAACUAAAUGGAAUAACAUUAGAUUUUAUGUGAAAACAUUGUUUGUUUUUUUGUGAGAUUUAGAGUCUCGAACAAUUAAGUCUAAAUAUAAACCCAUCUGCUCACGAUCUUAAUAGCUCAUUGAAAAAGAUAAACGAUAACCGAAAUUUCGAAAAAAAAAUUUUUUUUUUUCGUCUAAUUUGUAAAGUUAUCAGUAAAAGUAAGGAAUAAUACGCAGUAGUAAUUUACUACUAUUAAUUCCUUAAAAUCUCUAUAAAAUUCACUACAAUUAUGAUUAAGGUAAAGAAAACAAUGAAAAAAAAUAUUCAUUUUCUUACUAAAAUGUAAAAUGUCUUAAAAUAUAACGGAUAUUCUUUGAAAUAGUAGUAGCUAGAUAAGUGCAUGUGAUGACUAAUUAUAAAAUAUUUAUAUAAACCCUUAUACAGUUUAGAUAGGUUUAAAUGUUUUUGUCGUCGGUCUAAAAUGUCACAGACAUUAAUUGAAUAAGGUUAUAAAUAAAUAUACGCGGUUAGGUCAUAAACAAUAUUUUAUUAAAUAGUGUAGACCAGGAGCCUCCUAUGUUAUUUGUUUUAGAUUUCGGUACGCUGAUAAAUUAGGAAACGGUCCGCACAGCCUUGUAAAGUAACAAUCGCUGAAUUUUUACUAAAUCUCCCAUUCUACUUACGGAGAGAGAACUCAAAUAGGGAAUAUUUGAAGAGUUGAAUAUGGAGUUCAUGUGUCAAAGCAUUUCUUGCCUAAAUAGCGCUAAGUAAUACCACUUAUACAACGGGUACCCAUACUAUAGCUUGUUCGGAGAUUUUAACGACCGGCUGUCUAAAAUCAGUCAUCCGCGGAAAUUUCAUUUCCAUGUGGUUACCGAUUUUUGGUAAUGCCUCAUAAAAUUUAAACCAUAAAUAAAAUAAAUAAAUGGACAUCAUAUUAUAUAAAAAAAAGAAUAUGUAUUAAAAACAAUUUGGAAAGGGACCGUUUCAACAAUCAAGAUAGAAACCACAUUGUUUCCAUUAUGACGUCAUUGCUUCAGUUAUAGAAAUUUAAUACCAAGUAUAAUAUACCUGUGAAGUGACAGAGCAUCAUUAGCCUCUUUAAAUUAUUUCUUCAACACGGUACAUAUUGUAUUGAAUUAUAUUCUUUACUCAGUAUUUGUUUUUAACAAACAAGACAUCAGUCAAUUAUAUUAUUAAAACCCUUGAAACGAUGUUAUGUUAUGUUAGAAAACAAAAUGUGGGUACUACAGUCGUAAUACCCACAUUUUGUUUUGUUCAGUGGAACGGAUUAUAUGAGGUAUCUUCUGAGCUAGAUAUUAAUUCAGUCAGAUUCUUUAAUAUUAUAAUAAAGAUAUCUGACUUUUGUUAAUGACGUAGUGACGUCAAACGCGAAAAGAAUGAUAACAUAGGCAGCUCUUGGUCAACGAAACAAAAAAAUGCAUUUUAUUUUACGCUUCAAGAGAUUAAUCUUUUUGUAAUAAGUUGAAAUGUAUCUUCCAUUAGCUUUUACAUUAUGCUGUACGAUUUAUUUCCUGUUAUGUUAUGUAUUCGUUUAAUGAAUGUGAGUUUAUAUGGACAUUACGAUAAUAAAAGCUAUAAAUAUU